AUGGAAGACCUCAAUAAUAACUUGAACUCCGAUUCUUCUCCAGCCGCAGGGCUCCCACUAGCCUUCCAUGGCACCGUGAUUCACUCACGCAGCCUGACAGAGCUGGAAGUCCUCGAAAACUGCUUCAUCGUUGUCGAUAAAGCGGGCAAGAUCCAGACCUUACAAGCCAACGUUCAACCUGAACAGAUCAACACGAUCCUUUCAGAUCACGGCUAUGCCCCAGAUGUCUUCCCAAUCAAACGCCUCCAACGCGGCCAAUUCCUCUGCCCAGGCUUCAUCGACACCCACAACCACGCACCACAAUGGGCCCAACGCGGUCUCGGAAUCCGCGGUGAGUCCCUACUAGACUGGCUCAACAAAGUGACCUUCGCGCACGAAUCGAAAUUCCAAGACCCCGAAUACGCAAAACAAAUGUACAGCUCUUGCGUAACCGGAUUCCUCCAACAAGGCAUAACAACAGCCUCAUACUACGGCUCCCACCACGGCCCCGCAACCCAAAUCUUAGCAGAUAUCUGCUUCGCAAAGGGUCAACGCGCCCUGAUCGGAAAAUGUAACAUGAACCGCAACGCGCCAGACUGGUACCGCGACUCAACAGUCGAAGACUCACUCCUCGAAACACACGCUUUAAUCAAACACAUUACAACCCUGGACCCAGAAUCGCAUCUCAUCAAACCAAUUCUCACCCCGCGCUUCGCGAUCUCCUGUACCCCCGACCUCCUACAGGGUCUCGGCGACAUAGCAAAGGAGCACCCAACUCUACCAAUCCAAACGCAUUUCAACGAAGCAACGCAAGAAAUCCAAUACACGCAGCAACUCUUCCCACAAUUCCGCACCGAGGCAGAUCUCUACCGGAAAUACGGCUUACUGAACGAGCGAAGCAUUCUAGCCCACUGCAUCUUCCUGGAAGAAGAGGAGAUAAAAACACUACAAGAGCUUGACUGUGGUGUAGCCCACUGCCCGAUAUCUAACACAACGAUGCAAGAAUUCAUGGUGGCGCCGAUACGGGAGUAUCUGCGUCGCGACAUCAAGGUCGGUCUUGGGACUGAUAGUGGAGGUGGGUAUUCAUCUUCCAUGCUGGACGCGAUGAAACAGGCCUUUAUCGUGUCGAAUGCGAGAACGAUGUUGACCAAGGGGGCGGAUGAGCCUUUAUCGCUUGCUGAGGGCUUCUAUCUGGCUACCCUUGGUGGGGCGAGGGUUUGUGGGUUGGAGGCGAGGGUGGGCAAUUUUGUUGUUGGGAAGGAGUUUGAUGCGUUGGAGAUUCAUUCGGGUGAGUUGUUGGAUAUGCCCGGGGUUAUGAGUCCGGUUGAGGAGGAGGAUUCUAUUUUGGCGGUUUUUGAGAAGUUUCUUAUGACUGGUGAUGAUCGGAAUAUUGUCAAGGUUUUUGUGAGGGGGAGAUCUGUCAAGGUCUGA